GAUAAAUUUCAUAGUGAUUUAUUAAAAUAGUAUUGAUAAUUUGCAAAACCGGUUUAGCUUUUAUAGGCUUGUAUGCGUUUAACGCGUUUCUGUCACAAUCGAUGUGUCCUCGGCUUUGCUAUGUCCAAACGUAAUGUAAUGAUUCUUUUAUAAUUAAGUUACGAAAUAUAGCUCACGACCACUGCCAGUUAUUUGUAUAUGGCCAGUUAUAUGUGGACGAUCAGCAAAGGUCGUAGUGUAGUAGAAUUUACGAAUUCGUGUGUGCUAAUUCCUAACGACUAACGUUUGCCUUGGACCGUCGAAAAAUUAAUUGAAAGAAACUUCAAAUAAACGUACUGUUUACAUUCUCUUUGGAUAAAAAAAAAAUAAACUUAAAAUAAAGGUUUCCAGUAAAAAAUCAUAAGUUUCGAAAUUUGAAAAUUAAAACUGUCGAAAUUAUAUAAUUGAAAAGCGUUCGAAGUUUGAAAACUUAUCGGGAAUUAACAAAAUGGAGUUAACAAAAGUGUGCUACAUUUGGACGCUGCUAUCGUUUUUGUUAUUCCAAUGUCUGAUGGAAGGAUCCAGUCAACAGACUUCUUUCGAACUGCCUGUUCAGCUAGUUGGAUUUCCUUUCAUCAUCAUGGCAGUUAGAUUAACAAACUUCGUGAAGAAAUUGUCUUAUGCGUUAAGUCCAGCCACAUAUCGGUCGCGUAACCGCCGAGAGCUCACCUACUUGAGCGAGUCAGCAGAGCCCUUCGACGUGCUAGAAGUAGAGAAGUACGUUGUAGCAGAGUUCGGCGAGAAGGCGUGCAUCUUCGAGCGAGUGUGCGCGCAUUACGCGACCAGGGCGCGUGCGCAGCCACGACCGCAGCUAGACUGGCCUGAUGUCUUCAGCCAGUACAAGCGCUCCCCAGACCAGGCUAAGGAGUACUACCUUCUAAGCGUGUUCCUUGGAGACAUAGUCGGCUCCCCACAACUGUGUCAUCAACUAGGCAAGCGCAGGAGUUGCGAAGACCAGCAGUUUGUGUUAGCAUAAUUAAAUAUAAUUACGUAAUUGGAUUAUAUUUUUAUAGUUAAAAGAUUAGAAACAAGCGUUGGUGAUUACAAAAAUAGUUUAAAACUGGCUUCAAGACUGAAAUGAUAUAAAAAUCACAAUUACCAAGAUUCCGAAAUAAUUUUCAAAAUAAAUAAUUAUUUUGUAAUUAUAAUAUUCUUAUUCGAAAUUUCUAUGAGUCUAUGUUCUAGAAUAUUUUAUUAUCUGAAGUCAACGUAUCUUUGAAUUUUAAAUCGUUGUAAGCAGCCGAAAAAGAUUUAUUGCCCGUGAAAUAUACAGAGCGUUUCCAGUCCUACAAUAGAUGAUUACGAAGGUCUAGACGUCACGAGGUAAGAUGGAUUCCUCAAUUUAUUUUUAGAUUUGUACCUACGCCUAAAAAGUCGUGAGACUCCGUCACACACAUAGACCUUAAAGUUAAGAAUAGAAAGUUCAAUUCGUGACCUUUUUGAGGUUUUAUACUGUUGGAAAAAUGGUUAUAAACUAAUUUAAUAUAAAUAAUGAGUAUUUCUCAAAAAGUACGUCUAGAAAUGAAAUUUACACUAUCAUUGUCACGACACUAUUGAGGCUAUUUGUAACAUAGUUCUUACAAUUAGUAAUUUAGAUAGAUUGAUUUAUUUUUGAAAAAAUAUGUGGUAGCUGGUUAAUGUAGCUCAAUUAAUAUUUUUUUUGUAUAUGGGCCGGCGCAUAUAUGGCGGAGCCCAGCGCAGAUUUUUUUACUGUCAAACUAUUAUAAACUUUAUUUUUAUUGAUUUAAUAUUCAAAAUCAAUUAACACAGAAAUGUAAUCGAUUUUUUGUUGUAUUAAUGAAUUUCGAAUAUUAUUUCAAUGAAGAUAAUGUCGAUCAUAGUUUGGCAGUACAAAAUUCUAUGUCCUGCGUUCCGCCAUAUUUGCGCCGACUCUGUGGGUAAUUUAAUGGGUGUAGUGCAUACCUACUUAUUUUAAGGUUAUGUGUGAAUUAAAAUAGCCUGAGGCCAUACCCAAGACACCUUUCUAUAAUCGGUAACAUUAAUAAAAAACAAAAAAAUGUGUAUGUGACAGACUUAUUUCUGAGAUAAUAUGUCAUUAAUAAACAUAAUUAGGUUUUCUAUUCUUUUUCUGUUAUGUAAUGGUUGCCACCGAUUAUUUAAAGGUGUUGCCAAUGUCGAAAAAUAAUAGCAGUUUCAAAACAAAAAUAAAAAAUAAGGUAUUCAAAAAAACUCAAUUAAAAAAAAUUGCGUAACUAAUUGCAGAAAGAUAUCUUGACUACAGCCUCUGUAUAGAACCUAUCUCCCUAAAUAAGUGGUUUUGUUUUAGAAUUUGACAAGUUGUUCAAAAGAAUAACCGUUUAAAAAAAAAGCUUUUUAACUUUAUAGUGUAGUGUAGUCGAUAAAUAAAAUACCACAUCAAUGAAAGUGAUUUUAUGUUAGGUAAAAAAACAAAUUUGUAGAUUUUGGAUUUAAAAUUUGUACUGUUUAUGUAUCUUUUAGUGUUAAGAUAUUCUUAAUGAUUCAGUGCACUUGUUAAUUAUCCAAAUUAUAUAUUUAAGUAUAUUUAAAUAUUAUAAUUAUUGUAAACGCGCGCAUAAAACGUUACCUAUGUUGUGAUUUUAGAACUCAUUGUCCAAAAUUGUAUUUAGUUUUAAGUUAGUAAUACAAUGCUUGGUUACCAAAUUAAGCUAGGUUUUUAUAGUUUAGAAGCAACCAAAAUCUAUUACGAAUAUUCUAUUUUCCUUAGUUUUUAAAUAUAUAAAAAAAAUCGUGAAUUCUUCCAACUAGUUGCCACGUACUAACAUACAUGAUAAAUAUGUUUAAUAAUAUUUUAACAUCAAAGAGAAUACUUAUAAGCAAAUGUAUUGAAAAUUGGCGACAUAUUACGUCAAGCAACGUUUGGAAAUAAAUUCGUAUAAUACGGGAUAAAUAAAUCUUUAUCAAUGUAUUAAUUUGGAACAUCUUUUAUAUUCUUUAAUAAUUAUAUACUUACGUGUUAAUGUUUAUGUAAUUUAGGUUAUUUAAUAAAUGCACGCUGGGUUUUGUAAUCAUUUUUCUUUAUUUUCAAAAAUCACUUUGGGUAAUGCAUUGCUUUGCAAACCGAUGGCACUUCAAGAAUGCAGGUUAAAAGCAUUUCGUGGUUGGCAACGCAUCAGAAUCGUUAUUUUGCGUACGUUUCCACUGAAUAUCGUUCUGUCAGAUUUAAGUGGGUCUUACAUUCUUCAUUUAUUAAAUGGGUUUUGUGUUUAUUCUCAACUUUGUGUACUAAGGUCUUUUCACGGCAAAGUGACCUACUGAUCCUAAUUGUAAGAUGAGUGGUGUCCAGUGGAACGUCGACUGACGACAGAUGAUUACCCUUCGACAGUAGACAUAAUUAUGCCGGCCUGUGGGAACUGGACAUACACAGGCUGAUUCCUAUAUUUUGGAUACGUUACGAAUAACUAUAGAUCGUCUUUUUACUUUUCUAAAGAUUUUAUGAUGAUGCCUAAACUUUAGGUCCAAUAAACGAAAGGUAUUUGCCAGUCGAGAUCGAUAGUAUCAUGGAUUUUCAUGUGAUAUGUGAGACGUAAGGGCGAUUUAUUUGGCUCCAUCACUUCAUGUGAGACACGAGGAAGAGUAAUGGCUGGAACAUUCAACACGUUUAAAUAGAGGCCAAAAUGCGUUAACAGCAUACUAU